UGUGGGGAGAGGGCAGAACCUGUGGGAGCAGAUAAACUCUCAGGAAACAAAGAUCCUGAUUUCAAGUAUAAAUGCUCUUUGUGAUGGAGAACAAAGGGAGGUAUAUCAGCUGGCAGUUGAAUGGGCAGGAGUUUUGAAACUCAUAGAACUUUUCAGAUUUAGUAAUCUCAUCAUGAACAAGAACACCGGUACCCUACAUGUCAGGAGUAAAAGUAUUUCAGAAGAAACACUGCACUCCAACACUGAAGACGAGGGCCCUUUCCAAGGAAUGGAACCCUAUCUUGUGCGGAGACUUUCCUGCCGCAACAUCCAGCUUCCUCCUCUGGCUUUCAGACAAUUGGAGCAAGCAGACUGGGAUAAAAAGAGUGAUAUGGAGACUAUACCAAGGCCCACCAGUCUUCCACUAAGGAGUCCUCCAUUGAUUGCCAUCACAUCGGCAGAGGCCAGUAGAUUCUUAAAACUCUUGGAUUGUGAAGACAGCUUUAUAAAGAUUGAUAGUGUUGGACUGCAAUUUACAAAGUAUACAAGUCAAAAAUAUACUACAAAAUGUCAGAAAUAUAUGCACUUUAACUGGUCAAAACUAAUAAAACUGAAUAUAUUAAAACUACCUGUCAUAUAUGCUUUGUAA